AUGACGGCUACUGCAGUUUAUGAUCCAUCUUCUGAAUCAAACCCCAAUCUCCACGUAACUCAACACGUCGAUUUUGAUUUGAAAAUUGAUUUCGACACUAAAACAGUUAGUGGUCAUGUUAAACUCAUGAUUGAACAAAUCGCUAAAUGCAAGGAAAAGAUGGAUGCACUGAAACUUGAUUUAAAGGAUAUUAAUGUCUCCCGUGUAACAUUAAAUGACGUUCCAGUUGACUUUGAAAUCAAUCCGGGCACCUCUCCUGCUCUUGGCAGCGUUUUAUGCAUAAAAGUUGGCCAGCAGACUUCUAAAUUCGCUGUGGUGAUUGAGUAUUCUACAACUCCCCAUUCAUCAGCCCUCCAGUGGUUGGAUGCUCAAAUGACUGCCGACAAGCGAAAUCCCUUCCUAUUCACUCAGUGUGAAGCUAUACAUGCCCGCAGCCUCUUUCCCUGCCAAGAUACACCGAGUGUUAAAUUCACUUAUACUGCCAAGGUACUUGCGCCAGCCAAUCUUCAAGUGUUGAUGAGCGCUACCAAGUCUAAUUCGACGUCCUCUGAGGUGCAGGAGAAUUGGGGAGCUCACUACUUCUUUCAGAAUGUUCGAAUCCCCUCCUAUCUCAUUGCUUUGGCUUGUGGUGAACUAAAUAACUCACCUAUUGGACUAAAUUCGCGAGUUUACGCCGAGCCGAGCGUGCUAUCCCGAGCUGCACGAGAAUUGAACACCGUUGAUCGAAUGCUAGAUGCUGCUGUAAAAAUAUGCGGUCCCUACUCCUGGGGAUGCUAUGACAUCCUUGUCCUACCCCCAAGCUUUCCCUAUGGUGGCAUGGAGAACCCUCAGUUAACCUUUGUCACUCCCACCAUUCUUGCAGGAGAUGGGUCUCUGCUUUCCACCAUUGCUCAUGAAAUAGCUCAUUCAUGGACUGGUAAUUUGGUAACCAAUGCCAACUGGGAGCAUUUUUGGCUCAACGAAGGACACACCGUCUAUGUGGAAGGUCUCAUUCUCGAAGAGCUCUAUGGAACUGACUACCGCGAACUCUUUAUUGAACUGGGUUACGAGAUCCUACAAGCUUGUCUCCAAGAUGAACUCAAGGAAAAUCAUCCUUUUGCCAAAUUGAUCCCUUGUUUAAAGGGAGUACACCCGGAUGACUCCUUCUCCAUUGUGCCAUAUAAAAAAGGUUCUCUUUUCCUCUACUACUUAGAGAAAAAGUAUGGCAAGGAGGCUAUUCUAAAAUGGUUGAGAGCGUAUAUCGACAAUUAUCGCGAAAAGUCUAUCACUACAGACGAGUGGAAGAAAUUUUUAGCUCAACAACUGGGCGAACAGGUCCUGCAUGAGAUUGAUUGGGAUGUGUGGCUAUUCUCUCCUGGUCCUAUUCCAUGGGUCCCAUUGACAAACCGGGUGCUAUCAAACGUGGUUGAUGAAGUAGCAGAAAAAAUCAGAACCACAUCCUUGCUUAAUGAUACGGAAUGUGCAUCUUACUUGCGUUCCCAGUACGAAUUAAUGAUUCCACUCCAACGCGAAUUACUAUGGCAAAGAUUGCUCAAAUAUGUCCCGCUUCCGCAUGAUAACCUCAAUGUUCUCAAUACCAUGUUGGCACUAUCGCAAACUCAAAAUUCUGAAAUCCGUUUUAGGUGGUCACAAAUUGUAAUCAGCUCACAAUACCUACCAGAACUUGAUGGGGCCCUUGAGUUCCUUAAUAGCCAGGGGCGUAUGAAGUUUACUCGACCGUUAUACAGGGCUCUAAUGGGAUGGCCGAGUAUUAGAACACAGGCAAUCAACAACUUUAAGGCUAAUAGGCCCUACAUGCACCCGACAACUGCAAAACUAGUCGAAAAGGACAUUGAAUCUGCCCAAUCUCAAUAA